GCCGGGAGUUGUGGUCCUGCCGCCGUUGUGGCCCGUCCGCGGAGCCUGGCAGGGACUCGGUGUCCCGACGAGCCGCGGGCUGAGGGGCAGAGGAGGCAGCAGGAAGACGCACCGAGUCUGUCUGAGCAGCGCCAGGAUGGAGGAGCCCACUGGGAACCUUCCUUUCCGGAGAAACAUCCUUGCCGAGUCGUGCUGUGGUCACGUCACCGUAACAAACCUGGUGGAAGUGCUGAGAUCUUUGGUGGCUUUAACUGACCCUCAGGAGGGGAAGCUGACUCAGUCUCAAGAGAAAGCACUAAACUUGCUGGGCAUUUGGAAAAGUGUAUUUAGAGUUGUUCCUGGGCCUACAUCAAAGACCUCAGAGGAGUGACAGCUUGAAGAUGGGAGAGCAGGAGGCAGGUGAACCUUUUCUGGGGAUAGUGGCUGAUGGUGGCAGAGACUUUGAAGGAGCUCUGCCCUCAGACACGGUGUCGCUCAGCGAUUCUGACUCUGAUGACUUGGGGCUGGCGGAUGAAGCAGAAGUUGAUACAAUAUCUCCCGAGGAGCCAUCUGUAGAUGAAGGGGAUUCCAGAUCAGGAGAGACACCUGACUCAUCAAACAGCAGAUCUCCUGUGCAGCCAUUCCAUCUGAAGGGCAUGAGUUCUACAUUCUCUCUCCGUAGCCAGAGCAUUUUUGAUUGCCUGGAAGAGGCAGCCAAGCUGUCUGUGCCCUCUAUGCCUGAAGAUAAUGUUGUUGAUGGGAGGUUCAAGCGCCCAUUGCCUCCAACCACAGUUUCAGGUAACCUGGUCCCAGAAAACAUGGGAAGGCAAGCCAGAGCAGUACAGGCUCCCAGAACCUCUCCUGCAGUGCCUGACUACGUGGCACACCCGGAGCGCUGGACCAAGUACAGCCUGGAGGGAGUUUCAGAGUGCAGUGACAAGACUAACAGGGCAGUGGCCAUGGAAUUUCUAGGUGGUUUGAAGAAAAGAGGGGAGCAACAGAGCUCGGCUACUCAAGACAGCUACACCCAGUCCUUCAACCAGGACCCUUCCAGCUGUGGAGCUGGGAGGAUUGUCUUCACCAAACCAACCAAAAGAGGUGUUGAUGGACUGGAAAAGAAAACAUCUACAGGGGAGGAUGAUAAAAAACAGGUGAAGACAGAUCUGAAAGGAAAAUCUCUUAAGAAGGCUGAUGACUUGAGGGAAGAAGAUAAGGUUGAGCUGGGGCACUUAGACAGUGACAGUGGAAAGGCAGCAGAGGAGGAGGAGUGCACGAUGGAAGGGGACCAGAACACAGAACAUAAACCUGAUGCAAGGCUUAGUGGUGCAGGUGAAGAGCCAUCGCUGGGAACAGUUGGAUUCCACUGCAGUAAGAAGAAGAGCAGGAAAAAUUUCCGACCUAAAGUAGAUGAUGAAGGGGAGGAAGAAGAGUCCUGAAGGAUGAAGCACAUUGGAGACAUCCCAGGACUUGUCUUGGUCAUUUUUUUCCUUCUCGGUUUUUUUUUUUUUUCCCCCUUUCUGGUCUGAAAACCACAUGAUAGCUUUUUGUCCAACAGUUUGCAUCAUAGCCACCAAAAAUGUUUUAUAUUGUUAGAAAUUAAGCAACCUAAAAUAACCUCCAGCCUUUUUGUUUAUGAGAACUCCAUGGCACAGGAUAGUUGCAUCCUGGCAGAAUAGAAUAAAGUGUGAUACUCCAGAGCUGAAGUAUCCAAAGAAACAGAAGUGUUAGCUAAACGGUUGCAGGGCUUCCUAGUAACUCCCAGUUUUGGAAUUGUUCCCAAAUCCUGUGGAAUCCUGGAGAAAAGGUGAUGAGCUCAUUAUGUAGAGAUUUUUGAACUAUGAAAAUAAAACCUAGUCUUCCACUGGAUGUGAUUUCUUCUGGCCCUGUCCCAGGGAGGAAAACCUUUUAACUUUUUUGUUUAAAAACAUCUUUCUGUCAUUGCCAUUGAGGGUGAAAGCACAGCAGUGCCCAGUUACAUGAUGUGAAGAUCUGCACCUUUGUAUGUCCUUUCCAGGAGGUGCUGCUUCCAUACUGAUUCUAUAUGUGGAUUGGGGCAUUUGUGGGAAUCAGCUAUUUAUACCAGAACUGGAGACAUUUUUUUUUUUUUCUAUGUGAUACAAUAAACUUUUGGUUGUAACUUGA